AAUUUUUCCCCCAAAAACAUCAAAUCAAACACCUAUUUUUCAUUUUUUAUAUUAUACUAAAAAUCAAUUUUACAUUCAAAACAUCACAUCAUCACCUAUUUAUAUCACAUCAUAUAUUUAUUCAAAUUCAAAACUUUUACUAUUCAAAUCUCAACUCAAAAUCCAAACCCCGUACAAACACACCAAUAGUAUUUGAUUUUGGAGACGAUUAAUUUAAAAUUUAAAAAAAAAAAUUAAAGUGGGCGGGCCGGGUUGACACCCUAAUAUAUAAGUAAGUAAAAAAGAGAUUAGGCAUUCAUUAGUUAACAGGCAUGGAGACGACGACAUCAGCGGAGCAACAGAAGUGGGAGGCGACGGUGCGGGCAGCGGCGGAGAAGGCCACGGCGGAGCAACUAUGGCCUCUUUUCGAGGAUUUCUUCGGCCUCCACAAAUGGUUCCCCGGCCUCCAAAUCUGCCGCGGCGUCGCCGGUGCCAACGGCGAGCCCGGCUGCAUCCGCUACUGCGCUGGAUUCAAGGGAAUCAAACCCCAAUCGGAAUCAUCGCCGGCGACGGCGAAGGCGACGGCGACAGCGACGGCGGCGUGGUCUAAGGAGCGGCUCCGGUGGGUGGACCGCCGCCGGAUGACGCUGAGCUACGAAAUAGUGGAUUCCAACAUCGGCUUCACCUCCUACGUUUCGACGGUCAGAGUGACGGACGGCGCCGCCGGCGGGGCGGCGGCGGUGGUGGAGUGGAGCAUCACCGUCGAUCCGGUGGCGGGGUUGGAGCUGGCGGAUCUGGCGGCCAAGUAUCGGGUCGGGUUGGAGGCUAUGGUAAAAAACAUGGAGGCCGCCAUUGUCGCCGGAACUUCAAUUUCUUGAUAAAUGCAGAUUAUGCAGUUGCCAUUUCUAGUGAUUGUAAUUAGGGUUUGGAUAUUGUAAGUCAGAUUUUGAUUUUCGUGUAGUUGAAAUGAUAAUUUUAUGGAAAGGAAGUGCAGUUGUUGGGCUGGGUUAGCCCGCUGGAAUUUGGGCGAAAUCCGGAUCCGAUAUAUGAAUGGGCCUGGUUUUGGGCCUCGAUUGGAUAUCUUAGUUUGGGGCUGAUUUGGGCUUAUUUAAAAUUA